UUGCGGCCAUUUAAAACUAUCCGUCAUGCUGUCGGUUUAUCUCGGUUAUCAUUUCCAUUGAAUACCUGGAUAAUAACUGAGUGAAUUUGUAAACAAAGUCGUUGCUAAGGAAAAUUUACUUGUUUUUCUCCCGAAAAUAAUGUCAAUUUCCCUGGAUGCUCGGGAGGUGUUGCACCACCUGAACGAGUUGGGCUACAAGAACAUAACGGCUCAGCAAUUGAAGGAGUUCAUACGAGAUUUGAAGAAAUUAAUCAAAUACGAGACUUUACGGUGCAAAAUAUGCAAUUCCACUAAGUGUUCCUGUGCCCAGAAGCAUCGCCAAGAGCUGCUUUACAGAGCGCCAACGCUGAGCUUCCUUGCCAAAGUCCACCGUCCGGAAAAGAAAGACGACGUCCAGAGUGAGAACGUUCAGCCAUCGCGUCCGGACUCAGUCACUUCGACGACAAGCAAAAUGUGGAUCCGCCCGAAAGUCGCUCGACAGAGGACAAAGAGUGACCCCGUUUCUCUGCACUCCAAAUAUCAGCGCGAGUGGGACAAAUUCAAGAACAACAUUCCCGGACAAAACAAGCACCUCGACUUGAGAUGGCACGUGAGGGAGAAACUGGCCAGGGAUCAGGCGCAGAGGCAUUGAAAUGCAGUCUUU